UGUAAAUCAAAUUAGUAUUGCCAUUGGAUUUGAGACUACAAACGGACGGAAGAACCCGAAAAGUUUCUUGCUAGGUUCACGCAUAGUCGCGCAGAAAUCGAGCAGAAAAUGGCUUGUAUGCACGAUCACAGUUGCGAAGAGCACGAUUGCUCGUCUGAUUGGUCUCUCUAUAAGCACAUAGAUCUUUCUAAGGUAUCUGCACUAAAUGAGGCUGUUUCUGGAAGUGUAAAGUCAGUAUUCAGAGCCUGGGAACAGCGCCUAAAUUCUUCAGAGGGUUACUUGGAAAGCAAUGAGGGUGAUCCAGAAUUGAUAGUCUUUAUUCCAUUUACAUCAGAUGUUAAGCUAAAGAGCAUUUCUAUUGUUGGUGGUGCCGAGGGAACGAGUCCUGCAAAGAUGAGAGUGUUCAUCAACCGGGAUGGUAUUGAUUUUUCGGAUGCUCAAAGCAUGCAACCUGUUCAGGAGUGGGACUUGGUGGAGAAUUUGCAAGGAGUUCUGGAGUACCAAACAAGGUACUCAAAAUUUCAGAGCGUGGGGAACAUCACUUUGCAUUUCCCGACUAAUUUUGGUGCAGAAACAACCCAAAUUCACUACAUUGGGUUGAAAGGAGAAGCCACACAACUGAAGAGGGAUGUUGUUGCGACAAUAGUGUACGAACUCAUGCCAAAUCCUUCAGAUCACAAAACAAAAUCUGAGACAGGAGGUGGUCUUUCACAGGUUUAAGUCAAUAAGUCCAGGCAUACUGCACAGCUAAAGUAAUGGCUAUGUUGUUAAACUUAGCUCAUGCAAGAUUGAUAUAUUAUAGCUCAAUGUAGCUGUAAAUUGAAGUUUCAAGAGAUUUGUUUCCGCAAAUGUUUUGGAAGUGGAUCAAAUCUUAAUCCCUCAUCCCUCUUCGUAUUUAGAUCAAGUAAUCCACAACCAAAAUAUCUGGCUCCAUUUAGACAAUUUUUUGAAAAUUU